GGGCGGCGGGCGGGCGCCAAAGCCAGAGCAAGCUGCGUUUGCCCAGAGCUUGGGAGAGCCCGAGCCGAGCCGAGCUCAGCUUAGCCUAAGCCCAGCCCAAGUGGAACCGGAGCCCCAAGCCCGAGCCGCGCCCAGCCCGAGCAGAGCCCUCCGGCUGCUCACCCGCGCUCCACCCCAGCGACCCCCGGCGGCUCUCAGUCCUCUCGGCCCCGUGCCCGCCCUCGCGGCCCCUCUGCCCAAUGAAACUGGCCGCGAUGAUCAAGAAGAUGUGCCCGAGCGACUCGGAGCUGAGUAUCCCCGCCAAGAACUGCUAUCGCAUGGUCAUCCUCGGCUCGUCCAAGGUGGGCAAGACGGCCAUCGUGUCGCGCUUCCUCACCGGCCGCUUCGAGGACGCCUACACACCAACUAUCGAGGACUUCCACCGCAAGUUCUACUCCAUCCGCGGUGAGGUGUACCAGCUCGACAUCCUCGACACAUCCGGCAACCACCCGUUCCCCGCCAUGCGGCGCCUCUCCAUCCUCACAGGUGAGCCGGGGGCCGGGCAGGCACGGGAGGGAAGGGCGGGGCGGGCAACCCUCGGCCAGGGCACCCCGUGAGCGCCGGUCCCGCUGUCGCGCGCCAAGUAGUGCGCUUCGCGCUUAGAGAGGCUAGCGCGCCCCGAGCAGCCUCAAAGUCAGCCCGACUUGUCCCCUGGGCGGCCACCCUCACCUUCUCCUUUUCUGCCCUCUGUGCCCCCUCUAGGAGACGUUUUCAUCCUGGUGUUCAGCCUGGACAACCGCGACUCCUUUGAGGAGGUGCAGCGGCUCAGGCAGCAGAUCCUCGACACCAAGUCUUGCCUCAAGAACAAAACCAAGGAGAACGUGGACGUGCCCCUGGUCAUCUGCGGCAACAAGGGUGACCGGGACUUCUACCGCGAGGUGGACCAGCGCGAGAUCGAGCA